AUGAGCGCGUGCGGCCGGAAAGCUCUGACGUUGCUGAGCAGCGUGUUCGCGGUGUGCGGCCUGGGGCUGCUGGGCAUUGCCGUCAGCACCGACUACUGGCUGUACCUGGAGGAGGGCGUCAUCAUGCCCCUCAACCAGAGCACCGACAUCAGGAUGUCCCUGCACUCCGGCCUCUGGAGGGUCUGCUUCCUGGCGGGGGAGGAGAGCGGCCGGUGCUUCGUCAUCGAGUACGUCAUGCCCACCAACGUGCAGGUCGCCUCAGAGUCCACCAUCAACGUGCUGAAGAUGAUCCGCUCGGCCACCCCCUUUCCCCUGGUCAGCCUGCUCUUCAUGUUCAUUGGCUUUGUGCUCAACAACAUUGGGCACAUCCGGCCACAUCGCACCAUUCUGGCCUUCGUGUCCGGCAUAUUCUUCAUCCUCUCUGGCCUGUCCCUGGUGGUGGGCCUGGUGCUCUACAUAUCCAGCAUCAAUGACGAGAUGCUGAACAGAACCAAGACUAACGAGGCCUACUUCAGCUACAAGUAUGGCUGGUCCUUCGCCUUUGCUGCCAUCUCCUUCCUGCUCACAGAGAGCGCAGGCGUGAUGUCUGUCUACCUCUUCAUGAAGAGGUACACGGCAGAGGAGAUGUACCAGCCCCACCCCAGCUUCUACAGGCCGCGCCUUAGCAACUGCUCAGACUACUCGGGCCAGUUCCUGCACCCGGACGCCUGGACCCGCGGCCGCAGCCCCUCCGACAUCUCCAGCGAGGCCUCGGUGCACAUGAGCUCCAACUACCCAGCCCUGCUCAAGUGCCCCGACUACGACCAGAUGUCCUCCUCCCCCUGCUGAGGGCCCCCUGGGGCAGGAGCUCAGGAGCAGGAGACAGGAAGUGCAGGAGCAGGGGACAGGAAGUGCAGAGCGGGUCCCCCCCGGAACCACCAGCUGGCUAGCAACAGGGUUGUUUUCUUUCGGCUACGGGAGGCAGGGAACACUUUUUCCAUGUGUGUCAGUGCAUCUUUUGUAGUCCCCCAUUGUAGAGCCGUGUAAUGAGCUAAGCACACUGGGAAACAUUCGCACUCC